AUGAAGUCAUCCGCCAAAGAAUGGGUGGAAUGUUGUCCUACCUGCCAAGCCAAUUGUCGCGCCCAUGCCCCUGUUAUUGCCCUGAAGCCCUUAGAAGUUCCCCCCUUCCCAUUCCACACAAUAUCCUAUGACUUCAUUACAGGAUUUCCCAAAUCUAGCGGGCACAACGCAAUCCUGGUGGUAAUUGAUUCCUUUUCCAAAUUUGGCCAUUUCAUCCCGACCACAAAGAAGAUCACAGCCAAGGGCCUAGCAGACCUGUUCACUACCCACUUCCUCAAAGCCCUUUACCAACAAUUGGGAAUCAAACCUUCCUUCUCAUCGGCUUAUCACCUGGAAUCAGAUGGCCAAACAGAACGAGUUAACCAAUUCAUUGAGUUUUACCUCAGGUCAUACGUAGCAGCCAAUCACUCAGACUGGGCUACUUGGCUCCCCUUGGCAGAAUAUGCGUACAAUAAUGCCAAACAUGCCGCCACCAGGAAAACCCCCUUUGAACUGGUUUAUGGAAGAAACCCAGUAAUGAACCCGUCAAACAUCCCAGCCAAUGUACCAGAAGCAGACGCUGUAGCAGAUACCCUAGCCCGGGAAUGGAAGGAGGCGGAAGCAGCCCUGAGGAUGAGCAAAGAACGGAUGAGCAGGAAUCAAGGAAUUGUGCCGGAAUACUCAAUAGGCAAAAGGGUUUGGCUAGAUGGGAGGAAUGUUGAACUUAGGACCAAUUCAAACAAGCUAGACCCCAAGCAACUUGGCCCCUUCAAAGUCAUUGAGAAAAUCUCUAGCCACGCCUACCGCCUAGAGUUACCGGAAUCUCUGAAGAUCCAUAACGUGUUCUAUGUGGGAUUAUUAUCUAGGAGCCACAAAUCCCCAAGUCAGCCUUUUCCAGAAAGACCCCCUCCUGAAACAAUAGAAGGGGAAGAAGAAUAUGAGGUUGAACAAAUCAUUGACUCUAAGCGACAAAAGGGAAAAUGGUUUUACUUGAUUAAAUGGAAAGGGUAUGGACCAGAGGACAAUUCAUGGGAACCUGAAGAACUGCUGGAUCACAGCCAGGAAGAGAUCAAGCGCUUCAACCAAGCUAGACUCAGAAAGGCUUGUGACGCCGCCAAGAGCCUUUAA